CCACCUGGUCUUCUGGGCAAUGUCGUUUCGUUCCUCAUCUUCUCCAAAUGAGUUCAAUCAAAUUCAAAGCCCUCUCUCUCGCACCAGAAACUCAGUUCCAAAAUCCCAAACAUCUAAGCCAGAGCCUCUCUUUAUCUAAUUCUUUUAAGCCGCCACCACACCGCCACUCAUUUCAACUCACUGAGCUCCAUAUCUCCCCAAAAUUCAGACUCUUCUGUGGGGAGCCUUCCAUUCCCUAUAUACCCAUUUCGAAUUUCUCAAGAAAUCCAUGUUUUUUCUCAACAGAGAGUGAAUUUCUGAAAGUUUUUUCGGUGAAAAUAGUGGUUUUCCUUGUUGGGUCUUUCUUCUUUUUGGGAUGUUUCAAUACUAGGACUUGUGCAGCACUUCCUGCAAACACAAGCUCUAGUGGUGCAAAUUCAGAGGGAUUGGAAGAUAUAAAAAGGGAAAAAAGUGAGGAGGAGGAGGAGUAUGAGAAGUUAUUGGAGAAGGAGCCCAUGAAUGUUGAGGCCUUGAAGGUGUUGGUGUAUGGUAAGAUGAGGAGAGGAAGGACAAAUGAGGCUUCGAAGUAUGUGGAGAGAUUGAUUGAUAUAGAGCCAGGGGAAGUUGAGUGGAGACUUUUGCAGGCGCUAUGUUAUGAAACGAUGGGGGAUUUGAGCAACGCUAAAAAAUUGUUCAAGGAAAUCUUGAAGGAGAGACCUCUUUUGCUGAGAGCUCUUCAUGGUCUUGCUUUGGUGAUGCACAAGAACCAUGAAGGACCAGCUGUCUUUGAAAUGCUGCACAAGGCUCUGACCAUCGCACAUCGUGAAAGGAGAGUAACUGAGGAGAGAAACAUAAAAAUUCUAAUUGCACAAAUGCAUGUUGUCGUGGGGGAGCUGGAAGAGGGCUUGUUGAAAUUUCAAGAUCUGAUUGAUGAAAACCCUCAGGAUUUCCGGCCUUAUCUUUGUCAGGGAAUAAUCUUGAGCUUACAGAAUAAAAAGAAGGAAGCUGAAGAACAGUUUGAGCUGUACGAGUCUCUUGUACCGGAAGAAUUUGCACAAAGAGGAUUCCUCGAUGAUGUUGUAUUGGCUGCAAAGACCGAGUCUCAGGAACAGCUUCAGAAGGAGUUUGAAGGCGAAUUCACGAGUAGAAAGACCAAAUCUCGGGAACAGCUUCAGAAGGCUUUCAAAGGCAAAUUCUCGAGUAGAAAGUAAAGUACUGGACCUUUUAUCAGUUUAUGGUUAGCUUUGGUCAAAUAGGGUAUGAUACUUAUGAAUGUUGGUUUAACUGAAUACUGUCAUAGUCCUUGGUGGCAUGAAAUCGCGGCUCCCAUUCUAAUUGUUAGUUGCUAGGUCGAUCUCUUAUGAGCCAUCAAAUGAGAAUUUCAAAUUCUAAAAUUCAAGGAAAAUUGUAGAGUUCCCAAAUUUUCCCAAGUUACGCAGUUCUUUGAAGGGAGUGCCGGUCCAUUAUUUUUUUAAAAAUAUUGUGUUAUACAAGGUUCGACCUUUAUAUGUUCAUUUAAAUUGAAGUUU